CAACACGUCCAGCCUCUACGAAAUACGGGGCAGAUCUUUGUUUCUGAAGAUUGCCGGAGUUUGUUCCCGUUGUGGAGAUAAUCAACAACCCACAGUUUUGUAAUACUUUUUCUCUCUUUCUCAUCACCCGAAUAUGGGAGCCAGGAUUAAAGGUGCAUUUGAAGAUACACUCAUAAUGCUGAAGAACGAGAUAUACUUUGGAGCCAACCACCUCAAUCGUCUCUCUUUCUUGAGGAAUGACCCAAGAUUCAUCAAAGAUGCCAUAACUUCUUCAGCUACCAAUAUUAUCUUCUUUAGCGAGCUGUCUCCUCUUGUUGACACAAGGACCAACAAGUUUAUGUCUCUGAAUUACAAAUCACUGGAUCCUACUAAUAGGUUAUUAAUCGACAGAUGGGCUAAAGGCAAUGAGGAGAAAAGCUUGCAUCUCCUUUCACAAUCACCUCUAGUACAUUUCUUGGGGUUGGACACUACGUGUUCAACAUCGUUUAAGUACAAUUCGUAUUCAGGUAUGCCGUAUUUUGCAGUGUCAUUGGACUCACAUUCGAGUAUGUACAAAUAUGUAAUGUCCCAGAACCCAAGUGUUGAAGUGCUACGAACUCGUGAGCAAGUGAACAGGCAUUUAGACUACAGACAGGCCAGCGUAUACGCACAGGCCAAGAUGUACCUUGAAUGGUUAUCGACAACACGACACUGUAGAGGUUGUGGCUCGAGAACCAUACCCAUAAACGCUGGCUCUGAGUUGUUGUGCUCAAAUGCCGAAACCAAUAAGUGCUCUGUGAAGUCUGCUCAUGUGUCAAAUGCUUCGUUCCCGAGACUUGAUCCUGUAUUAAUAUGUUGCGUCUUGAACAAUAGGAGGGAUAAAGUGUUGAUGACUAGAAUGCAUAAAUUCAUCAAGGGAAUGUACACCCAUAUUGCAGGGUUCAUUGAACCAGGUGAAACAGUGGAAAAUGCCGUCAAAAGAGAAGUUUGGGAGGAAAGUGGGCUGAACGUGUCGAACGUUUCCAUAGUACAAACACAGCCUUGGCCUUAUCCAAUGAAUUUGAUGAUUGGUUGUGUUGCGAUAGUUGACGAACAUUCAAAUGAAUUGGACCUGAAUCACGAUAAAGAAUUAGAACACGCAUUUUGGUGUCCUUUGAAAGAUUUGGAGCAUCUCCUCAAGACCGGUACAGAGGACGCAGAGUUGAAUUUGACUACACCAGAUAAAGCGUAUUCAAUUCCUAACGAUAAGACAUUAGCUACAAAGCUAUUCCAAUAUGUUGUUGAGAACUACCAUUAG